CAACAGUAUACCCUUACAUAAAUGGGAGCAGUAGUGUCUCGCAUGUCUGGCUUCUUGGAAGAGCACCCCAAGCUGAAGGUGGCCAAGAACAGGUUGAGCAAGCUGGCGUCUAACGGUCGGUGGUUGGGAGGCCACAUUGUGUGGACGGCUGUAGUGUCGGCGAUAGUGCUCGCGGUUCCAGUCUUCUUCGAAUACGAACGAGAGUGUCAGUUCUUCGACCAGAUGAAUCAACUCCAGCAGGCACAGAUGAACGCUGCUACUGCCUCGACGACUGCGUGAGGACAAUACAAAAUGAUGGUGAUUGUGGCGAUACCAAAGACUAUUUUUACUGCCAGUAUCGUUUCAGCUAC